GCUCCCAGCCUUACAGCUGCUGCACAAUGCAUUGGCAAAAGAAGGUUUCCCUACUGCUGCUGCUCAUUUUUAGCUGUUGUGGUGGUGCCUCAUCUGCAGAAAUAGAUAGUCCUACAACAAGCACCAGUGUUCUUGAAACUGUCACUACAACAGCUUCCUUAGUCAUGACUACAACAACUCAACAUGUGUCUGCGACUGUCUCUUCUAACACCAGUGUAACCCCACCUGACAGUACAGCAACCUCUUAUGAACCUAGCACUAGUAUAUCAACAGUGCACACUACGGAAAACACAACAGUGAAUGCUACGGAGAGCACAACAGUGCACACUACUAACAGCACAAAAGCUAAUGAUACUGACAGCUCAACAUCAAGCCCUUACAUUACAAAUACCACCAAUACGUUAAAUGGUACAUUAUCCCCAGAAGGGGCCGAAGAACUCAAAGGUCUGUCAGAGAACCCUGGACUGGUUGCUGUCAUCUGUAUAUUUGUGUCUAUUCUCUGCAUUGCUCUUGUUGUCACGGCUGUAAAGUUCUGCCAGAAAAGUGAACCAGAAUUCCAAAAACUGGAUGAAGUCCCCAUGAACGGCAUAAAUGAAGAAGCUCCUUUUGCACGCUACCCUCCCAAGUAGUUCAGUUGAUGGACGUUAAUCAGUGAAUUGUAAUCUACAGAACCUGUUCUAAAAGAAUACUCUCCAGUGUUUCUGUAAUAUAUAUAUAUUUUAUAAUUAAACCGUAGGUAACUUAAGCAUAAGCGGUGCAGAUUAAUGGAAAGAGAUACAUUCAUACAUACUGUACAUACGCAAAGCAGUUUGGCUUAUUAGCAAACACAUUUAUACACAAUGCUGUAGAGUAGACACAGUUAUAUAAAGACGUGCAUUAAUACACACUCCCAUAAACAGACCAUUGUUUAGUAAAUGCUUUCAUAGGAUAAAAUAGCAAUAUAGUGUUCCAGUUCUGAAGCUAACUGUUCAAGGAACUAUCUAGUUCUUUUUACACUGUACAUCUUAUACCCUAAUAGCUCCCUCAACCUUUCGUGAACCUUUAUGAUAAGAUUUGAAAUAGUUAGUUUUAUCUCAUCCAUAGAGAGAAAUCGCACAAAAUCUUUGGGGUCUUUUUUGUGCAUUAUUUUGUAAAUUAUGUAUCUCCCCCUCACAUCCGGAACCUGCAUAGGGAUAUAAAUAGCUCACAAGGUAAAGUUUGACUUUCAAAAAUUCUUUGAGGAACCUCACAGUACUGACUAGACUUCGUAGAUAAUCUCACCAGAGCGAACAGCUUUAAAUCAUUGGGCCCCCAGUGACAUAAAAAUAUCUAGUCCCUGUGUUAUCCUUGGUAGUACAUUUCUCUAAAUUUACCAAUGGUAGAACUUCAUCUAAAGUUGCUCAACGCUAUUCAAAUCUUUUAAUUAAAUAAAGCUUCUCCGUAAAUCUCA